GCUGAGUCUUCUGACAGAUGGGGAGGAUAAAGUGUCCAUUGCUGUUGGUCGUCGGGGAGGAUGAUCAGAACUGGGCGACAGUGAAAUCUGCAGAGGACAUGGCCCAGAUGAUGCGUGCAGCGGGUAAUGAGCACCUACUGACCAUUCUAAAAUACCCUGAUGCUGGACACCUCAUUGAGCCGCCCUACACACCCCACUUCAGAGCCAGCAACUUCAUAGUGCCUCAAACACGACAGAAAGUGAUCAUGUUGUGGGGAGGGUACCCAAAGCCGCACGCCGAUGCUCAAGAAGACUCCUGGGAAAAGAGCCUUGGCUUUCUACGGCAACACCUGUACCCCAGCCAUGCCUCUGGCCCUAAGGCCAAGCUGUGAUGUCACACCCGAGUA